UCGGUUGUUGUGGCAUAUGGCUCGAGUUCUUGUUACCAAACACGAUAAGGGCGAAAGCCGGAAAAAUUCAGCAGAUGCAGAGAACCCUGCAGGUGCAGGACCUAAUACUCUGGACACAGGAAAUCCAGGAUCCCAAUCAAAUGAUGGAACACGACGACAUCGAUCGUUGCCCGGACAUUAUAUCACCUGCUUUGAGUUUGUCAAGCUUUUCUUAAAGGCAAUAUUGCUGAUUCUUUUAGGAUGGGGGCCCAAGGAGAUAAACAAGAUAAGGGCAAUGAAGGAAAGGCACAAAUGGUCAAUUCAGAUCAUGAAUGAACUACUAAAACGUGGUUUGAUGUAUGCAUACGAAAACAAUGGUAUGCAUCCACAGACAGCGCCAUCCCACAAAAAUGACAAUGAUGAUCAAGAAACAUGGCCUUAUGAAAUUGUUGAUCAAUAUGGUGACCAAGUUGUCACCCUCGGAAGCAUUAACGUUUACAAUCAGCCCAUUAUGAAUCCUCCCCCACAACUACAAGAUGAUAAUAAUCCAAAGAAUGAAGUGGGAGAGAAGAAGAAAACCCUUGCACUGGCAAAGAGGGAAACACCCUUCUUGAUUGCUGCAAAACAUGGCGUGACUGAGAUGGUGGAGAAGAUCCUCGAGCUUUUUCCGGUGGCCAUCCGUGACAUCAACGCAGAGAGAAAGAAUGUAGUGAUGGUGGCUGUGGAGAACAGGCAGCUCCAUGUUUACCGGCUCUUGCUAAGUAAGAAUAUCCCCAACAAAGACCACAUGUUCAGCAAAGUGGAUAAUAAAGGGAAUAGCGUGCUACAUCUAGCAGCAAGGUUGGGAGACCAUCAGCCUUGGCUAAUUCAUGGGCCUGCCUUCCAAAUGCAAUGGGAAAUCAAAUGGUAUCGGAUUGUGAAAACCUCCAUGCCACCACGCUUCUUUCCCCGCUUCAAUAGGGAAAACAAGACUGCAAAGGACAUCUUCAAAGAAACCCACAAAGAGCUCGUGAAAGCCGGAGCGGCAUGGCUCACCAAGGCCUCUGAGUCCUGCACCGUCAUGGGCGCGCUUAUUGCCACUGUCGCCUUUGCAACUGCUACCACUGUUCCCGGUGGCAUCAAAGAGAUCACUGGCAGACCAACCCUCGAAAACUUGCCAGCUUUCGACAUCUUCGCCAUUGCUUCGCUCAUUGCACUAUGCUCCUCGGUCACAUCCAUGGUCAUUUUCCUCUCCAUCCUUAUGUCCCGGUACAAGGAAAAGGAGUUUGGAAAACAGCUGCCGAGCAAGCUCUUGCUGGGAUUGACAUUGCUCUGCGUGUCCAUGGUUUCCAUGUUGAUUUCAUUUUGUGCAGGACAUUUCUUCAUGCUUAAAGAUAAGCUCAAACAUGCUGCGUUUCCGGUUUAUGCAAUAACGUGCAUGCCUCUGGCUAUUUUUGCUGUAGGCCACUUUCCUCUGUAUUUUAAUAUGAUAUGUGCUAACUUCAACCAGGUUCCAUUCGAAAGGGGAGUCACAAGGGUAGCUCCUCUUUGAUUGAGGAGGCUUCAUUUAUAUGCUAGCAAUAUUAAAAUUUUCUCGAGUGACAUUU